UUUAUUUUAGUUUCUCGCAAUUGAACAGUGGGAUUGAACCCUGAAAAUCAGUUAAGGUGCACAUAAACUGACCCGAACAACUAAGUUAAAAAAAGAAUGACACAAUCCCUUAGCACAAAUUCCCUCCUAGUUGCUUCAACAACAACCCCAAAUUGUUAACCCAAUUAGAAAUGCCAAAUGUAACGUUAAAGAGAUUCCAAUCACUUUUUUCCCCUCCUCUCAUACGUCAAGCAAAAGAUUAACCCAACCAACUAUAUAUAUAUCUUCCACCAAACACUUCCUUAUAAUUGCCCACAAAAAGCACAAACAAAAAAAAAACCAUGAAAUACAAUGAGAUAACCCACGUGAGCCACCCCCAACACAAGCUGAAGUUCGAGUACACGGAGAUCCCGUUCAAGUGCGACGGGUGCAAGGAAGCCGGCAUAGGGUCGCGGUACAAGUGCACCGCGUGCGACUACGAUCUCCACCUCCACUGCGCCCUCCCGUCGCCGUCGUUGGCCCACCCUUUCUACACCAAAUGCUCGUUCCAGUUCCUCCUCAAGCCGCCCGGGAGCGUCGCGCGGUACUGCAACGCGUGCGAGAAGGACGUGACGGGGUUCGUUUAUCACUGCAGCGCCUGCGGGUUCGACCUCCACCCGUGUUGCGCCAAGCUCCCGAUGGUGCUCGAUGACGGUGAAGUGAAGCUGUACCUAUACCGGAAGGUGAGCGCAGCGUGCCACCGGUGCGGGAGGAAAGGGAGGAGCUGGAGCUACAGAUCAACAUGCAAGAAGUACAAUUUACACGUUGCCUGUGUGAAGGAGAUGUUGGUGGACAAUUGGCAUGAGAUAUAUUUCGGAAAUAAAACUGAUAAGGGGAAUAACAUGCCGUACUAUAAUAGUAGCACUAGUACUAGGAAAUUGGAGACCAGCAUUCCUAGCCUUAAAAACACACUUCAGGCCUAUCAUCACCAGAAAAGUAGCAGCAAGGGGAAAGUGCAGAAAUGUUGUGAACUGGCUGGUUUGGCUGUCCAGUUCGUUAUAUCAGCAGUUCUUGGGGACCCGACUACUCUUAUUGCUGGGGUCGUUGGAACAUUGAUGUCCAGAUAGCUAGUGAUCGAUCAGGUGGAUUGGCCUAAUUUAAUUUAUAAAGUAGAAUUUGGGCUUGUUAAAAGUGGCUUUAAUUAGUACUGGAUGCAUAUGUUUUUAGUUUGGGCGAAUGUAUUGGAUAUGUAAAAGGUCCAUGGGCCUCUAAUGUCGUAUAUCACUUGUAUUUAACCCACUUUGAACCAAGGAUUUCAAAAACAGUUUCAGGACACGUAACUGUAACAAUCGUCGUGUAACAGUAUUGGGAGUAUUGACCGAUACAUGUAUCAAUCACGUACACACCCCACGAUCCGCUAUUUGUAAAAA